AUGGACGACGCCAAACUCUUCUUCGACGACUUGGCUCCGGCCAUCACAAGUUCGACUUCCAAGGCCUACGAUGCCGCCGCCAAAACCUAUGCCGCAUCCGUGACAACAAGACUACCUGCUGGCAUACGCACCACAAUCCUGCGUGAUCCAAUCCAGUCUCUCCAGCUUGUUGACCCCGCUACCAACUCUAUCGGAUACCUCGCGAUCAUCGAUGUUCUUCUCCGCGGCUCCAUUCCACCAUCUGUUUCCCGCCAACUUUUACUAGACAGUACUCUCCAAUUUCUGUUCAAGUUUGAUCCAAUCCAGAUUAGAUAUGUCGGGUCUCUAUUCCGAGCCCUGCUGGAAGAUCUCAGCGGCUUGUUUUCGCCCACGGUUGCAGUAGAGCUGCUUGCAAACGCAAUCCUUCGAAUCGAUCCGAGCGGAUCCACGUUUACGUCGACGCACCUAGUCAUGGCGAAACUGGCGUACGAUGCAAACUGUAUAGAGCCUGCUCUCAAAGUCCUUGAUGCCGACAUUCUUUUCUAUCCACGAAACACACGCUUCGAAGACACAAAGAGAUUAUGCGAUACAGAGCUCGAGCCCUAUGCCUACAUGUCCCUGGCUGGCCUUACAGAUGCCAUCAAGAGCACUUCGAUACUCGAAUAUCACUUUGUUCAGGCCAUGUCAUAUCUAUCAAGAAGAGACUGGCGCAAAUCACAGGCAGCAUUAGAAAAAGUAAUUGGACAUCCGACCAAGGAUAAAGGCGUUAGUAAAAUUAUGUCAGAGAGCUACAAAAAAUGGAUAUUGGUAGGGCUGCUCAAAGACGGACGGCCUCCCAGCUUCCCUCACUACAUUACCAGUGUGACGAAGUUUACUUUCAACGGGUUAAGCGAGCCUUACAGUAAUCUGGCCUCGUUAUUCACCACGGAAAAUGCAUCAGCUCUGAAAGAGGAAGCCGUCAAAGGACAAGCCACUUGGGAAGAGGACAAGAACCUAACUCUGCUUGAAGAAGUGAUAUCCUCAUACCAGAAGUGGCAGAUUAUCAACCUUCGCCGGAUAUAUCGCCAAGUCUCCAUUGCUCAAAUUCGACAGACGACCUUGAGCGCCCAUACGGCCGAGACUUUACAGAGCGAUGACGAGGUCCUUGCGCUGGUCAGCGACAUGAUUGAAUCUGGCAUGCUCAAGGGCCAACUCCAGGUUGGGCCUACAGCCGAGGAGAGCUACCUGACGUUUCUCGAAGAACACGACUUGAUGACAGAAGCCGAAUUUGCAGCCGAAGUGGCCCGUAGCCACAGCAGCAUCGAGGCGCUGACAAAGCAGUAUCGAGCGACAAAUGAGCGGCUGAGUUCUACAAAGGACUACGCACGACACGUAGUGCGUGAACAGAAGCGAAUGGAGAAGGACAUGGCCGAUGCGGGAGUCGGCUUCGAUGCGAAUAUAGAAGAUGAGGACCUGAUGACGGGUGUGCUGGGCACUAUCUAG